AUGCUAUCGUCUCGUCCUGAUAUAAGUUUUGCUGUGAACUUUCUUAGCCGCUUCCAGAGUGGAGCAACGGAUACCCACAGGACGCACUUGAAAUGCGUAUUACGCUAUUUGCAAGGCACGAAGGACUACAGCCUUGUAUAUCGUCGUAGUAGUAAUGCCGAACAUCUUGUUGGCUAUGCAGACGCUGACUGGGGAAGCGACAUAUACGACCGUAAAUCAACAUCAGGAAGCGUGUUCCAAGUUUUCGGCAACUCAAUAAUGUGGACAACAAGGAAACAACUGAUUGUGUCCCUAUCGUCCACUGAAGCAGAAUACGUGUCACUGAGCCAGGCGGCGUGUGACGUAAUUUGGCUUAGGAAUCUUCUGGAAGACCUUAGAAUCGACUGCUGCACUCCCACCACGCUGUAUGAGGACAAUCAAUCAUGCAUCCAUAUUGCCAAUGAACCUCGUGAUCAGAAAAGGUUGAAGCACUUGGACAUACGGUACCAUUUCAUCCGUGAGUGUAUUCAAAACGGGCAAAUCAAAGUGGAGUAUAUACAGACGCAGCGGCAGGUUGCUGACUUGUUUACGAAGAGCCUUCCGGGUGUCUCGUUUAAGGAGCAUCGUUUCACGCUUGGUCUGAGAGGGGGUGUUGUGAACCAGACUGAAGCGUAA